CGCACCUCACCAUACCUCCUCCUCUUCUUCUACUAGUAGUUUUUAUUAGUGUACCCGCUGGAGUAAUUAAAAGGCCACUCCCACUCGCGCCACACUUUCUUCCACUGCCCACAUGCGCGCACAGUGCUAAGCUAGCAAGGCAAGCCCAGCCAGCUGAGCUCCAGUCCAGCACCGCAGCAGGUCGUCGUCGGUCUCGCCGCCAUGAGCAAGGAGAAGCACCACCGCGACUGGGUCCUCCGCCGCUGCUGCGGCUCCAUCGCCGCCUGCAUCCUCACGCUCUUCGCCCUCGUCGGCUUCAUCGUGCUCGUCAUCUACCUCGCCCUCCACCCCUCCAAGCCUUCCUUCUACCUCCAGGACGUGCAGCUCCGCUCCAUCGACCUCAGCGACCCCGCUCUCUCCCUCGACCUCCAGGUGACGAUCGCGUCGCGGAACCCGAACGACCGGGUGGGGGUGUACUACAAGACGCUGGACGCGUUCACGACGUACCGGGACGAGCCGGUGACGGUGCCGGUGUCGAUGCCGUCCAUCUACCAGGGCCACAAGGACGUGUCGGUGUGGUCGCCGGUGAUGUCGGGCGACGCGGUGCCCGUGGCGCAGUACGUGGCGGACGCCAUGAAGCAGGACAUCGCGGCGGGGUACGUGCUGCUCCACGUCAAGGUGGAAGGGCGCGUCAAGUGGAAGGUCGGCAGCUGGGUCUCCGGCGGCUACCACCUCUUCGUCACCUGCCCCGCGCUGCUCGCCACCAGCGGGAGCGCCGUCGCCGGCGGCGCGUUCGCCGCCAGCGCCGCGUCCGGAGUGCCCGCCGGCGUCAACACCACCGUCUCGCUCAAGUUCACCCACCCGGCCGACUGUACUGUCGACGUGUGAGUUGCGACGACGACGACGGGCGUUCGUUCGUACUACUAGCUAGUACGAUGAUGAGGAUCAACCUCGCUCUCUCGAUCGCGAUCGCGAUUACGCCUAGUAGCUAUCGAUCGAGCAAUUAAUCUUCUUUUGUAGCAAAUGAUGUUGUUAUAUAUAUUUUCCCUUUCCGAACUUGUGCAGAAUAAUAAGUUAAUAAGCUGCUAGCUCUAUCUAGCUAUACAACACAUGUGUCGUACA